UGGCAAAAAUUCUAUGGCUCCUUUUCUCCCUCCCUCUUCUGUGUACUCUGAAGCAAUCAAAAUAAAGAGAGAAAAUCAAAUCAGUUACUCUCUCUAGCUAGCCUUCCUCUUUUUUCUCUUUGUGUGUUAAUCUCUGUAAUUCUGCGCCCUAUAUACAGAAAGUUGGGUCAUCUCAGAUCCCAUAUAUACACAUAAAAAUUAUUAUAUCUUUAAGAGGUCCUGAAAAAUUGAACCCAUUUUACUGUAAUAUUGUUUAAAUUAAAAAGUGAAUAGUUAAAGCACUUUGUUUUGGCACUAAUAUGCAAGAAGAAGGCAUAACCAUCUUGGGUUAUGGUGGUGGCGGCGUCGGCGUCGGCGAGCAGAACCACCAGCUCAAGGCGGAGAUCGCCAGCCAUCCGCUGUACGAGCAGCUGCUCUCCGCCCAUGUAGCGUGUUUAAGGGUGGCGACACCGAUUGAUCAGUUGCCACUUAUUGAUUCUCAACUCUCACAGUCUCAGAAUCUCUUAAGGUCUUAUGCUCAGUAUAAUAUUUCUCAAUCUCUAUCUAUACAUCAAAGGCAAGAACUUGACAAUUUCUUGACACAGUACUUGUUAGUAUUGUGUUCAUUUAAAGAAGAGCUUCAGCAACAUGUCAGAAUCCAUGCUGUUGAGGCUGUCAUGGCAGGCAGGAUGAUAAGAAAGUAACUUUGGGCUUUUGGAGGCUUUGUGUGACCCUAUAACAAGCGGUAGGUAAGGUGGGACCCACCCGAAGGAUUAGUUCAUAUAGUUAGGAGAGAACCAUAAGUGGCGACAAACCAGUAAAAUAGUAAGUUACUAACAACUUAACUAUGAAUGCUCAUUGAAUAAGUAUGUCACAAACAAAUAUAGAAAGAAAAACUUAUAUUGGCGACUUUCAUCGACUUUUAUACUAAAUAGAAGUUUGUCGAGAAUAUGUUUCAUGAUUUUCAGUAUAUUGGAUUUUGCAUCAAUAAAAUUUGUCGUUGAUACUGCAUUUUCAUUUAAAGGAAUUCAUCUACACGUACUUUCAUAUACGAUUGCUUUGAUACGGUUUUAUUCUAGUUCAAUUAGCCUUUAAGUAUUUGGUAUCCAGUUUACGGUGUAUUUUUUGGAAACAUUUUAGAGUUAUAAUCGAUUGUCAUAUAUCGAAGGUGGAUCAUUUUUACGUUGUCACACAUAAAACUAGGGGAAGACCAAAACGUUUGGAUAAGAAUGAACUAAAAGAGUAGCAGAUGUCAUGUCAUAUUUGGUGCCUAAUGUUGGAUAUAUAGGAUAUUAUUGUGAAGAAAUCAUAAUUAUUUUUGUUAUUUAAUAUUGUCGAGUACUGUACAGGAACAACAGUAGGUGAAGGAACCGGUGCAACCAUGUCAGAUGAUGAGGAUGAGCUGCAAAUGGAUUUCUCGUUAGAUCAAUCAGGAACUGAUGGACAUGAUUUGAUCGGUUAUGGACCAUUGAUUCCAACAGAAUCAGAGAGGUCUCUAAUGGAAAGAGUUAGGCAAGAACUCAAAAUUGAACUUAAACAAGGAUUUAAGUCGAAAAUCGAAGAUGUUAGGGAAGAAAUAUUAAGGAAAAGAAGGGCAGGAAAAUUACCAGGUGACACAACCACAGUGCUCAAGGAUUGGUGGCAGCAGCACUCAAAGUGGCCAUAUCCAACUGAAGAUGACAAGGCAAAGCUUGUAGAGCAAACAGGGUUGCAGCUCAAACAAAUAAACAAUUGGUUCAUAAACCAAAGGAAGAGGAAUUGGCACAACAGCAAUUCACAGUCUGCCUCUUCUUUAAAGUCCAAGCGCAAGAGAUAGAGAAAUUCUGCUAUAGUUUGGGUACUAAAAAAAGGUCUGGGAUGCUAUUGCAAUUGCAUCGAUAGAUUGAGGACUAGUAGUGCAAUUUUUCUUCAUGUAAAUGCUCGAUAACUUCGAAUUCAAAGUUUAGUUUACUAACGUUUAGAUAAGUGGUAAUUUGGUCGGAAUGCAUUGUAUGGUCUCGAAUUUUACGUUACUCUACCUUUUGUCUCUGUAUAACAACGUGAAUUAAAUUC